CAUAAAAUCUCGAAGUACCUGUCAUCUUUAGUUUCUUCCAACAAUCUGUCAUUAAGAGUUAGUUUUCUUUUUCGUAUAAUCUUUCUUUUUCUGUUUAAUAUAAUUUUUGUAUAAGUGUAUAGUUUAUCGUAUUUAUAUUUUAAAAUAAACAACACUUUUGUUGAAUUACGUAAAAAUUUUAAUAAACGCUGUCCAAUAGUGUUUCGGUACAUUAUUCGCUUAUACCGAGCGUCGUAUCACGUAACAUAAAUCGUUAUUUAUUUUAAUCUGUUUCGGAGAUUUUUGGUAAUUAUGAAUUAAAGAAGGUGUAAUAGCUGAUAGUUACGACAUGGCUGAGUACCGAUCCGGUUCUUAUUGUGUAUCAUCAGGAGUAGGCAGUGAUUCUGAAGUGAUGGCAGAGUUAGCAGCAUUUCUUGGUCAAGAAAUUCCUGAAGGAAGAAGUAAUCUAGCUGAUAAUCAUAUAAAUCUUGAACGGGUUGCUGAUUAUUGCGAAGCAAAUUAUUUUCAAGCAGAAAACAAGAGAAUAGCUUUAGAAGAAACCAAAAAUUUUACCACUCAAUCAUUGGCUAGUGUAGCCUAUCAAAUAAAUACCCUUGCCUAUAAUUUUUUACAAUUAUUGGAUUUACAAACAUCCCAACUUGCUGAAAUGGAAAGCCAAAUGAACCAUAUUGCUCAAACAGUUAUGAUACACAAAGAAAAAGUAGCUAGAAGAGAAAUUGGAGUUUUAACCGCCAAUAAAAUUACAGUACGUCAAUAUAAAAUUAUUGCACCAGCAAAUCCUGAGAAACCAAUUAAAUAUGUGAGGAAAAGUAUAGAUUAUACAAUUUUGGAUGAUAUUGGACAUGGAGUACGUAGUAGUGGUACUCCAAGAAGUAAACAACGUGGAGGAAGUCAAGGCAGUGUUCAAAGUUUAGGUGCAGCUUCCACGGGUUCUGGAUUAGGUGCUACUAUAGUAGGACCAGCUCCUACUACUAAACCACCCACUCCUCCUCAGACAGUAAGAACUGGAACAUUGAGCAAAGGGUCACGAGAAUACAGAACACCACCUGCAGUUGCUCCACCUCAAGUUCCUAGUCAUUAUGCUCCUAAUUAUCCACUGGGUCAUCCAAGAAGAGAACGUGGUCCUGGUUAUAGUACUUUACCUUUGCAUGCUCAUACCACAUCUCAUUCAACUCACAAUACCAAUCAUAAUGCACAUACAACAAAUACUGUAUCUCAACAUACUUCACCACCUCAAGUAGGAACAGUUCAUCCAUUGCAAAGUCAUCCACAAACACCACCACCAGCACCACCUAGUGUAACAGCAGGAUAUGUUCAAGAACAACACAAUAAUAUGCCUCCCCCACCUUCACCAUUAGUCGGUAUAACUGGUAAUACAUUAGAUUUUACCAGUUAUCAUACAUUGUCGGAAAGAUUAAAUCAUCAAGUUAGUCGAAGUAGUGGCGCUAGUAGCCCACCAUUACCACCGCCUCCACCACCGGAGCAAGAAGAACAUCCGCAAUUUGGUAGACCUACGCAAUCUAGCAGUGCUAUUAUGCCUAUUGUACCAGAUGAGGAAGAUUUACCUGGUUGGGUUCCAAAAAAUUAUAUCGAAAAAGUUGUUGCAAUUUAUGAUUAUUAUGCUGACAAGGAGGAUGAAUUAAGCUUCCAGGAAAGCUCUGUAAUUUAUGUAUUGAAAAAGAAUGACGAUGGGUGGUGGGAAGGAGUCAUGGAUGGCAUAACGGGUUUAUUCCCCGGAAAUUAUGUAGAACCUUGUGUUUAAUGCAUUUUCUAAUAUUGAUAUAUCAAAUUAGAUAUCAAUUUAGAUAUAUCAAAAUCGUGAAUAACGACUAUUCACAAAAGACUGCAAAUUUUAGAGAUAUAUUUGAUUCUCUAAUUUUAAUAUAUUAUUUAGUAUUAAUAGUCGUAAAUAUAUAUAUACUAACAUGUAUUUGAAUGAUGUAAGAAUGCAAAAUGGUGCAACAAAAUAUGGUAUGGAAUACGAUAUAGAGAUAUAAAUUACAGAUUCUUCCAAAAAUCUCAAAUAUGCAAAUUUUCUAAAAAUCAAACUAAUCACAGUUUGUAUCAAUAUAAGAAAGUGUAUUUUUUGGUAAAUAGUGCUCCCUUUAAUGAGUAUUAUUUUAUUUCAAUUUCGAUAGAUCAUAUUUAUAUAUAAGUAUGCAUGAAAAUAUGUCAUUAUUAUUCUGCUAUAUAAUCAAUUAGUUGUUAAUUGUAUGUAUAUAUCUUAGAUGUAAUCAAUGCGACAUUAAUAAUAAGCUAAUCAAUAAUCAAAAUAUCAAACGUCCUAUUGUCGUAACAAGAAUCUUUACGCUUUAUAUCGAAGGUAAUUUUUCAUAAAUUUGUCUUUUAUAAAUUGUUUAAUGAAUUUAUUUUAAUAUUUUAAUGGUUAAUAUUGUAUUCAUCUCAGGAUUUUAUUUCACAUAAAAUAAAGUGAACAAAAGAAAUUUUC